UGUUUUGUGAUAUUAGAAAUAUAUUUAAUAAAAUAGUUUUUUUAUUCAUAGCAAUUGAAAAUCUAUAAUAUUUUUUAUUAUUCAUUAUUUUAUUUUUUUAAUAUUAAUCAAUUAAUUUUUAUUUAAUAAAAAAAAAUCCACAAAACAACUAAGUAAAAGUCAUGGCCUAUAAAUUUUUGACAACAUUUUUAACUAUUUAUAGUCUAAUAGUUAGCUUGAAUAUGGCCGCUGUUAUCGAUGUUAUGGCCAAACGUAAUGUACAAUCACUGGCACCGGCGGUAGUAUCGGUAGUGGCAGCUGAGUCCAAUCAGCUGUCGUUGGCCGACACCAUUAUCGGCUAUCUGACAGCAUUGUUAGGUCCGCUGGUCGGACCGGCAUUGUUGCCCGUACUUGAAAUACUCCGACCAUUGUUGGACGUACCGAUUUUGGGCAAUCUAUUGGUACCGAUUGUCGGUCUAUUGUUUCGUUUGUUGCGACCAUUAGUCUGGGGACUGGCCGGUCUACUGGGACCCAUACUGUGGGGACUAUUGACACCCAUACUCGGGGGACUGACACCAACCCUAUGGGGUUUACUGACACCUAUACUGUUGGCUGUUAGGGGACUGUUGUGCGGUCUGUUGGGCGGCUGUUAUGAUGAUAGUGGUGAUCAUCUAAGCACUGGUAGUCCAAUAGAUGAUGGUAGCGAUGAUGGCCCUGUUUUUACUGAUUCAGCUGAUGAUAGUUCACCAUCAACUGAGACAUGGGAUGAGACAUCAACUGAAGGAAACUAAUUGAUUGAUAAAAAAAAAUAAAUAUUUUUU